GAAGUAUGUUCUGUUUGUUUUUAUUAUGCUAAAAUUUUGUCCCUAGACAACGGCUCUGGAAUGGGCAGUACACCCGCAGCCCUGGAGUUGCGAAGCCGCAAACAGCAUUCCGCAGAGGAACAUGCGGUCACUUCUCCAACUUCAACCACUAUCUCAGAGUCUGGAGGCAGUUUCCACCGCGUGGACGAAUCUCCGCGACCAACACUCCGCAGUUUACCAAUCAGUUUGAACACAUCUCGUAAAAUUACCAUUCGCUCGGACCUAGCUUUGGGUACAUGCUUUGACCCUGCAGACAAGGAGUUGUAUACCCUCUGGGCGUCUGGACCUUGAGAAAUUACUUACAUACCUCCAAUCUUAUCACAGGCACAUUGUCAGUUCUCAAUUUUUAAUCCUUGGCGAGGUAUCGGUCUUGGAAAUGUUCCGUUCAUUCACUGCUGCCAGCAACUUCUGAUGAGUCUUAGCUUGAAUAACAUGUCAAAAAUUACUGCCUCACAAUCCGCAUGUCAGCCCCUGUGGCACCGUGCUGCGCUGCGCGUAUUUAAUGGAUACCCUUUCAUCCUCCAGCAUAAAAGUCGGAUUUACUGACUCAUGGAGGAUAUUCGUCUUCUUCAUUCUUCAUGGCCUGCUCCAUCUUAGCGCGCACUUUGUUUCUCUUGACUCUUCUUUUGAGUCAUGUCACGUUGGCUCGGGCGGCCACCAAUUCUACGCAAUGUUCUUCCGAUCCUUACCAAGACCCGCGCAACGACCAUGUAAUGCCCUUGGCUAUAUCGCUAACAACACGCUAACCGCCGUCGCCUUUGGUGAGUGGUCAGUAAGUCAGGGA